AUGUCAUCUGAGCAAAAUGUGGUUCAACAACAACGUAAAAGGAGAAGAAUUCCAAAAUCUUGUGAAGCAUGUAGAGUGAAGAAAUUGAAAUGCGAUCGUGUAAGACCAAGAUGCUCUAGUUGUAUAAUUAGACAGAUUUCAGAUUGUCAAUAUGAAGAAGAUCGAAUGCUUGGUCAUGGAAAGAAUAGGAAGAAGAAAAAUAAUGAUGAUGAUGAUGAUGAGGGUGAUGAGGGUGAUAUUGAAACAAAAAACUCAGCUCCUAAGAAGAAAAUUUUGUUAAAUGGUGUGAGUAAUUCAUCUAGAGGUCAUGUGAAUCCUUUUGCUAGUAUGGUUUAUGUACAUAGAUGUUUACCCAAGGGAAAAAUUAUGGUACAAGGACCUACUUCAUUAAAAUCGUUUGUAGCAAAUAUUCAUCCUCCAUUUACAGAAAAAUUUGAACAAUUAUGGAGGAAGACAGAACCUGAAAGGUUAUUAUGGCAAGACGAACAUAAGGAAACAAUUGCAAGAACUGAUCCGUUGAAAAAUAUGAAUGGACCUUUGUUAGGAUCAGAGACAAGUAUCUUAGAGUUAUGUUCUGGUUUGCCAGAUUAUCAAACACUUUUGGAGAGUAUGAAUCAAUUCUUCUCAGGAAGUCCCCUAUAUGAUAUAAGUACCAUUCUCUCAAAGUCAGAUACAAUGGAGGCAUUUCAUACUUCUUUUAUACCUGAUGGAACAAUAUGGAAACUUCAAGAUAGAUUAGUGAAAAAAAUUGGAAUGCCUGUUGGUCCACAUCAUUACCAAUUAGGUAUAUUAUUAAUGAUCAAUAGAUUAGUUCAUUGCAAAGAAAAUAUUGAUCCCAAGAUAGAAAUCUUUUUGAAUAAUUUAGAGAAUCAGAGUCAGGCAAACGGUUGCUAUAUUUCACAAUGUCAAUUCUUACUUCUGCGUUGGUAUCAUAGAAAAAUUUAUUUCACAAAGAUUGAUGAUGUUAAAUUGCUAAACCUUGUAAACCUUAUAGUAGAUACAUCUAUGAAUUUAGGUUUACAACUUGAUAUUGAGAAAAUUUAUGCGGGUGAUGCAAAUAUACAAUUGUUGAAAAAUAUGUGGUAUUGGAUUCAAUUUGCUGAUUUAAGUAUAUCAUUUCAAUUUGGUAGACAGCUUAAGAUUAGCGCAACAGUUUACAAAAAUUUUCCUUAUAAUGAUACCGAAGAAUCAAGUUUUAUUAAAAAAUUGAAUAGGUUUUUAAAGACAGUUAGAGAACCAUAUGAUUCAAUUUAUGAUCAAACUACAAGCCCUGAUCUUCUUACUAGUUGUGAACAGAUAACACAUUUUUUGACUAUUGAAUUUCCAAAUAUUUCAGACUAUUUUCGAAAUCCAUACGAAUGGAAAGUUGCAGUAAGUGAAUUAAGAAUCUUAACUUUAGCUUUAGGUAUUUUAAUUGCUAUGUAUGGUUUAAGGUUUAAGAUGAUAGGAGAAAGAACACUUGAAUUGAAAAACAAUUUCACACAAAUAACAUUGAUAUCAUUCAAACUAAUAACCGAUAUAUUAGAGCAUUGUUGGCGUUAUGAUAAUGAGUUUUUCUUAAAUUUGGUGACAUCUUCAAAUUCAUUAACACCAUUUCUAACAUUGGCAAUUUCAUUAUCUGAGGGACUGUUUCAAAGAGCUCAUAUGAAUUUUAUGAGCUUGAUUUACUACAAGAUUACGUUGUUCAAUGAAGGUUACUUCAGACCAUACGAUCUUCAAUCGCUUGAUUGGGAUUUGUCAACUCUAGAAACACGUAAUGAUAAGAAUAUCACUAUAAAUACAGCAUUUGAGCUUUACACAGGGAUAUUUUCCCGUUGGCGUCAACCUGCUGCGAUGGUCAUGAAAGGUGUAUUGAAGAGGUCUUACUCAUAUUUCUUAAUGAUUCUUUUACAAAAAAUAAGUAGAAUGAUUGUUGAAAAGGUUAUCCAAUUUAGACUAAAAUCUGAAGAAACUGUUAGAUAUUCAGCAAAUGUGGAUGGAGCUGGGGUACCAUCCCAGAACACAGAAAAUUAUAUUACUAAAAAUUCUACUUCUAAUGAAACUGCUGAUGGAGAGGAUGUUCCCUACGAUGAAAAGACAUUACUAGGGACUCAAUUGAAUAGUCAAGUCUCAGAUGAAUUUUGGGGAAGUUUUAACGAUUACUGGGAAGAGCUUCUAAAGAAUGAUUACAAUCUAACCCAGGAUUUUAUAUAG